AUGAGCAGCAGUGCUGAAAGUAUAGCCAAGAACGCCCGCCUCAGUGGUAAUAUUUUAAAGACAAUUUCGAACGAAAACCGUUCUUCCCUCUUGCACAAGAUUCAUGACGGGUUGAAAGCGAAUACAGCUUCUAUCAAACAAGCGAACCAGGUGGACUUGCAGAAUGCGCUGGAGAAUAAGCUUGCAGAUUCUCUUUACAAAAGAUUAGACCUUUUCAAAGGCGAUAAAUUCGAGACCAUGUUGGUUGGCAUUAAAGAUGUGGCAGCCCUCGAUGAUCCAGUGGGGAAAGUCAAGUUGGCACGAGAGCUCGACGAAGGUUUAAACCUGUAUCAGGUCACCGCUCCAGUGGGUGCGCUUCUUGUAAUUUUUGAAUCAAGACCUGAAGUCAUUGCCAAUAUCACUUCUCUGGCCAUUAAGUCCGGUAACGCUGCCAUUUUGAAAGGAGGCAAAGAAUCCGUCAAUACUUUUAGAGAAAUUUCACGCAUUAUCAAUGCGGUCAUCUCAGAAAAUGAGGGUACCUCCGGUAUUCCUUCCGGUGUCAUUCAGUUGAUUGAAACUCGCCAAGACGUGUCAGAUCUUUUGCAACAGGAUCUAUACAUCGACCUAGUUGUUCCUCGUGGCUCUAAUGCGCUUGUAAGACAAAUCAAAGCCAGUACCAAAAUUCCAGUUUUAGGCCAUGCCGAUGGUAUAUGCUCGAUUUUCCUGGACAAGAACGCUGAUCUGGAAAAGGCGAAACGUAUCACCAUAGAUGCAAAGACCUCUUAUCCAGCUGGAUGUAACGCAAUGGAAACGUUGUUGAUAGAUCCAGAGAUGCCCCAAUGGUGGCUGGUACUCCAAAAUUUGACGAAGGUUGGAAAUGUGAAGCUGCAUGUUACAGCUGAUGUGAAAUCAGCUUACUUGUCUAAGCUUCAAGAGUCCGGAAAUUUGACUGAGCAAUUGCAAAACUCGGUUGUGGAUGCCGAUGAGUCUAUCGAUUUCGACAAGGAAUUUCUGUCACUUGACUGUGCUGUAAAAUUUGUUGACUCGACAGAACAAGCUGUUGUACACAUCAAUCUACACUCUUCUAAACACACCGAUGCAAUCAUCACCGAAGACCAAGAAAACGCUGAAUACUUCAUGAAGGGCGUUGAUUCUUCGGGCGUUUACUGGAAUGCAUCAACUAGAUUCGCUGAUGGUUUCAGAUACGGUUUCGGUACUGAGGUCGGUAUCUCGACAAGCAAAAUUCACGCUCGUGGACCUGUUGGGUUGGAUGGCCUUGUGAGCUACCAGUACCAGUUAAGAGGCAAUGGUCAAAUCGCAAGCGAUUACAUCGGGUCUGGUGGCAGCAGAGCAUUCGUUCACAAGAAUCUUGAUGUAUCGAAAGUACAAAUAUGA